AUGAUGGAGGACUUGGCAAACGCGAGGAAACCAAAGAAGUCUAUCACAUCAUCAGCUACAUCAGACACAGACACAGCAGCAACAGCAUCACCAUCAACAAAGAAACAAAGAGAAAAAGAAGUUGCGAUCACUGCUGAGGAUCAUGUCGAGGAGGAGGACGAAGAGAUUGGACUGGAUGGAGAUAAUGAAGUAGAGGAUCUAGAAGAAGCAGAAGCAGAGCUGGACGAGUUGGAGGAGGGUGAUGAGGAUGACCUGGAACUGCAAGACAACGAAGAAGAUGGUGUUGAUGAUGAUGACAACAUUGGCGAGGCUGAAAUGGUCGAUGGCGAGGAUGACCAAGCUUAUGAGUUUGACGAAGAGAAGGACUUGCAAAACGCAUUGGAGCACGAUAGGAUGUAUGACAAGUAUGGCAUGGAGGGCAUGGAGGACUAUGUGUUUGCAGACGAUAGCAAGGCAUCGAUCGCACAACGAAAGAUGAAAAAGACCCAGGACGAGGACUCUGAGCUCACGGCCGAAGACAAGAGGAGACGACAACAGAACUUGGAGGCGAUCAUCAAGGAGAAGUACAAGGACAAGGCUAACUCAGUGCUGCACAAGAUACACAUGAAGAAUACGUUUGGUGCAUGGGACCCACCCAAGAAGAUGUCACGCAAGGUCAUGGACGAGAUUAAAGAGUUGCACAAGCAGGACCCGGACGUGUACACUGCGCCCGCACUGGCCAAGCAGUUCUCAAUGUCACUGGAGGCCAUCAGCAGGAUCAUCAAGUCAAAGUGGACGCCAUCAGCUGAGCGACUCAAAGAUCAGGAGUACAACAAGAAGCUUAAAAAUCCAAGUCUUGGCGCUCGUGCUCGCACUCGCACUCGCACACAUGAUCGUGAUGAUCACAUCCAGCCUGCUGCUGGCACACCUCGCCCACAAGCUCGACGUCAACAACAAACUGGCAAUGAUGGCGGCAAACAUGAUGAUGACAUGACAUUUGAUCGAUCUCAAACAAAACCUCGUCAACGUCCAACUUCAACAUCACCACGCCAAUCAUUAUCAUCAUCAUCAUUCAAUCAAACAUCAACAACUCCUACUCAAAAACCAUCAUCAGCCCAAGAACAGCCACCCUUUAGACCAAAUUACAUUGAUAACAAGCCAAAAGUAUCAACAUUCACCAACCAGGAUGUACAGGACAGAGCAAUGAGACUGCUCCAACUCUCAAGAAGAACGACUAGCAAGCCAAAAUAA